AUGUCGGAGACUUCGUGUAAUGUAAACCCUCUACAGAGAUUUGCAAAUUUAACGAACAACGAUAAUAAUGCGCGGAUAGGUCAAUAUGGUAAUGGAGAUUUGAUUACAGGUAGUAGUGAUGCUAUUAAUGCUAGAAAUGAGUCUACUGAAAGGUCCUUCUUUAAUGGAGGAUCUGUUAUGAACACUAACGUAGCCCCUUCGUAUAUACCAUUGGAUCAAGGUACAUCCAUGACUAAUAAUAAUAAUAUACAUAAUUUUUCACAUAUGCAUACCAGUAAUAAUGAUAAUGUAGAGUUAGCCUUACCAGAUCUAUCGAAAGUACAAAUUCAUGAUCCCUUAGAAUUUAGUGAUGAAUAUAAGAAGUUUUAUGGUAGUUACCAAGCUAAUAAUGAACAAUCUAAUAAUAGACCCUCGAUACAACGGUUUCCUCAGUUCGGUAUGGACAGACCAUUUUUACAAACAUCUGCUUCCGAACCGAUGAUACGGCAGUUUCGAGAUAUACAUAAUACUGCAGGUAUUAAUGGUAAUUGUGCAUCUGGAAUGCAUUUCCAACAACCCGAUAAUGCACAGAUUCAUAUGAUAGACCACGAAUUGGAUAUAUUUGAACAAGAAUUGUCUAGUGAACCUUCUGUGGUGGUCCGUACUCAGUCCCAACCUCAGAGUGCGUUUGAUGGGGAACAGAUCCAUUUCAAAGAAGUGGCAGCAAGUAUAGUUCAAGUAGUAACCCCAGAUACGACACGUUCCUCUUCACCAGUCAGUAAUAAGUUGAACGGAUCGAAAUUCAUGCAACUAAUGAAGAAGGUAAGUGCUGGUUCGGUAACCUUACGUAGAGAUUCUCCGGAGUUAUUCACUCCCGAGACUGACGAAGUAGUAGGAAACGAAUAUUUCCCAGUUCAUGACCAUCCCCAGAAAUAA